AUGGGCACAAAUCCUGUACGUAUUGGUUGUUACAGCGCUUUUUGGGGAGACUCUGUUACGGCGGCCGAACAGCUAGUUUCGAAAGAGAAAUCCAAUUUAAACUAUUUGGUAGCUGAUUAUCUUGCCGAGGUUACGAUGGGUCUUCUGGCUCGUCGUAAAGCAAACCUCUCUCGCAAUUUAAAAAGUGCUAGCAAUGGCGGCUACAUAUCUGAAUUUAUCACGUUAGUUAUAGCACGCCUACUGCCUGACAUUCACAAGCAUAAUAUCAAAGUGAUAACCAAUGCUGGAGGAUUAGAUCCGGUAUCAUGCAAAUUAGCGAUCGAAGCUUUGGCAGCAGACCUCAAGAUUCCGAUAAAUGUAGCCGCAAUAACGGGGGACGAUCUUCUUCCGAGAUUGAAUGAUUUGCGCGAGUCGCAAUCAUUAAAACCGUUCUCGCCCGUUCCGGGGAGUAGCCCUGAUGCGUUACCCAAGGGUGAUAAACAAGUUUUGAGUUUGAAUGCUUACCUCGGGGCUAUUCCCAUAGCUAGAGCACUCGAUGCUGGCGCACAGAUUGUCGUGACAGGGCGAAUAGUAGAUUCCGCACUCGUUGUUGGACCAUUGAUUCACGAGUUCAACUGGAUGGCUACUGAUUACGAUAAACUCGCGUCUGCGUCUCUUGCUGGACAUAUAAUUGAGUGUGGUGCACAGGCUACUGGUGGGAAUUAUACAGAUUGGGAGGAGGCGGCGUUCUCCCUCAAUGGGGGCUAUGCUAACAUGGGGUAUCCGAUUGUCGAGUGUUAUCCAUCUGGAGAGUUCCUUGUGACAAAGCCAAGUGACACUGGAGGAGUCGUUAACGUCAAGAGUGUUACCGAGCAAAUGUUGUACGAAGUGUUAGAUCCGGCAAUGUACAUUCUCCCUGAUGUUAUUCUGGAUUUGACCCGGGUGAAGGUUGAGCAGGUUGACGAGACACGAGUAAGAGUUAGUGGAGCUAGAGGCAAAAUACCCACGGAAUUACUGAAAGUGUCUGGUAUUUACGUUGAUGGAUAUAAGAUGACGGGAGAGAUUGUUGUUUGUGGUAUUGAUGCAUGGAAGAAGUCAGUUGUAAUAGCGAAUGCCAUUUUAUCGCGCACACGUCUUUUGUUUGUAAAAUAUGGAAUGAAAGACUUUCGCGCCACAAACAUUGAACCACUCGGAGCUGAACACACUUAUGGUCCACAUGCCAGAACCAAACACACAAGGGAAGUGGUACUACGACUUACGGUCCAUCACGACGACCCUCAGGCAUUGAAAAUAUUUGCUAUGGAACUUGUACCGGUAGUAGCUGCAGCAACUUCAAUGGUCCCAGGAAUAACUGGGGGCGAAUCUGGCCGUCCUCACCCAUCUCCUAAUCUUGUUCAUUUUUCUUCUCUGGUUCCAAAGGGCCUGGUUACCCCCGCUUUUACGACUACAAAAAUUUCUGAAAAU